AUGUAUCACGUAUCUUCACCAAGAACAUUUAAUCAAAAAAUCACGUCAUUGGAGCGAUUCAAAUUGGAAAGACAUUCAGGAAACGUUUGUAUUCAGAACUUGCCUCAACAAAACAACUUAACGGAUUGUGGUGUUUUUGUGUGUAAAUUUGCUCAUUAUAUAUGUAAAAAUGCACCGUUUACAUUUACUGCUGCUGACAUGCCAAAAAUUCGAAGAACAAUGAUGGAGGAAAUUGUUUUAUUAAAGUUGCAACCAAUAACACCUCAAGAACCCCAGACUUCCACAAUCAGUCGAUCAAUAUCGGCAUUUGCGAGAGAUCUUAAACAAGCACGUGUCCCAACAAAGACGUGUUCCAAAAAGAAGGAGCCACCAAGGAAAUCUUCGACUUCUAAGGAGCUUUCUUCAACCAUGAAACCGCUUUGUGAGAUACGGACUAACUUAGAAGGGGUCUAUUUGCACCAAUCGGCAAAUUUGCAUCAAGGUGAUCCACGAUUUCAUGAAGAUCGCCGAAAUGCUCAAUGUACGGCCAUUGCGGCGUACAGUAUAGCUGCAUUGAUCUUAAAUAACGGAGAAAUUUCAAGGACAUUCUUAGACAAUAUUGUGAGAGAUGGAGAUCAAUAUUAUGUAGACAGCAAAAAAGAGAAUCAAGUAAAGGAGGCAUUUCUACAACCUGAAGAGCUGCUGAAGAUAUUCCAUGUUAAUCAUCAAGAAGUAACAAUUGAUAUCGAUCAAUGUGGUGGAGGACACUUUUUUUCAUCGGGUCUUAUUACUUCUCUGACUGCUGCUAUUGAUUAUUGUGUAGAGAUUUUUAUUUAUAGAAAAAAUUAUCUUGGUCGCCAUGUUUACCACCAUGGUCACCACGGGUUUACGACCUUCUUCCAGUGGGUAGCAGUCGAUUGCAGCCCAGAGGACAUGUUGCGUCUGGCCGUUAUGGUCGCACUCGUGGUCACUACUGACCAACCUGCGGUGGCCCUAGAUGCAAUCCAUGUGAUCGAGGAGAGUUGUGGUUUCCUGCCACCUGAGCUGAAGUUGGCUAAGGCCAUCCUCCAGAUGCCUUCGCCUGAGCUCGAGCCUAUGAGAUUGUCCAACAUCGCUGACAUUGAGGUCCUGUCAGAGAGCCCUGUGAGCAUGGCUCGGUCCAUUUCUGCUCCUAUGUUAGCUACAUUUUCUCGUGACAAUUGA